AUGGAGCUAUGGAACUCCACUGCCGGACGUGACUUCAUCUUGGUGGGGAUUCUGAAUGACUGUGCAUUUCCUGAACUGCUCUGUGUCACAAUCACAGUCCUGUACAUGUUGGCCUUGAUCAGCAACAGCCUGCUGCUCCUGGUCAUCACCAUGGAUACCCGGCUCCACGUGCCCAUGUACCAGCUGCUCGGGCAGCUCUCUCUCAUGGACCUCCUGUUCACAUCAGUUGUCACACCCAAAGCCCUCGUGGAUUUUCUGCGCAGAGAAUACAUCAUCUCCUUUGAAGGCUGUGCCCUGCAGAUGUUCCUGGCCCUAACACUGGGUAGUGCAGAGGACCUCCUACUGGCCUUCAUGGCCUAUGACAGGUAUGUGGCCAUUUGUCAUCCUCUGAACUACAUGGUGUACAUGAGACCAAGGGUCUGCUGGCUCAUGGUAGCUACAUCCUGGAUCCUGGCAUCCCUGAGUGCUCUAGGUCACACUGUCUACACCAUGCACUUCCCUUUCUGCAUGUCUUUGGAGAUCAGGCAUCUUCUCUGUGAGAUCCCACCCUUGCUGAAGUUGGUCUGUGCAGAUAGCUCCAGGUAUGAGCUCUUGGUGUAUGUGACAGGUGUGACCUUCCUCUUGCUUCCCCUUACGGCCAUAGUUGCCUCCUACACUCUCAUACUGUUCACAGUGCUCCACAUGCCCACAAAUGAGGGGAAGAAGAAAGUGCUUGUCACCUGCUCUUCCCACUUGACUGUGGUGGGGAUGUUCUACGGAGCUGCCACUUUCAUGUAUGUUUUGCCCAGUUCUUUUCACAGCCCCAAACAGGACAACAUCAUCUCUGUUUUCUACACGAUUGUCACUCCAGCUCUGAACCCCCUCAUCUACAGCCUGCGGAAUAAAGAAGUCACAGGGGCCUUGAGAAGGGUCCUGGGAAGAUAUGUGUUGCUGGCACACUCAGCUCCGUAG